AUGAGUUCUAGAAGAGGUGGGAGGUCUUUUACUGCUGCCAGCAGUGAUGAAUUUUCGUCCAAGGGGAAAGGCUCAGGACAAGAUGACGACGGGCAAUGGGAGGUGUAUGGAAAGAAAUCCAAGAACAGAGGUGGAAGUAAUGCUGCAAAUGCUGCAAAACAAUGGGGUCUUCCAGGUCCAGCCUAUACUUCUAAUCCUAGAGGACGGGGGUAUACAGAUGUAGCUCAAAGGCCAGGUGCACGUAAUCCCGGUGGAGCUGGAAGAGGCGCUGGAAACCCAUGGCAGACACAAUAUGCUCAUAUGAGACCUGCUGGUAGAGGCAAUGCAAGGCCUCCGUCAGCAACAGGUGGUUAUGGAUACAAUGCUACUGCAAAUCCAAUCAUCCGUCCUCCUCUUGAACAUGGCUGGAACUGGCAAUCCAGAGCUGGUGGAAUGCAGACAAAUGAAAUAAUUGAAAUGGCACUACAGGAGUUUGAACAGAAUAAGGAUGAUGAUGAGGAUGAGGAUGAUGAUGAGGGGGACGAUGACUGCGAUGAUCUGGAAGAUACUGAUGAUGAUCUUAUUAGUGAUGAAUAUGAUUCGGAUGCCAGUCAAAAGAGCCAUGAGACACGAAAGAAGAGCAAAUGGUUCAGAAAGUUCUUUGAGAGUUUGGAUAAACUGACUGUUGAAGAGAUAAAUGAACCAGAAAGACAGUGGCACUGCCCAGGUUGUCAAGGUGGUCCUGGUGCUAUUGAUUGGUACAGAGGACUGCAGCCCCUUAUGAAUCAUGCUAAAACGAAGGGUUCAAAAAGGGUGAAGGUUCACAGGGAGCUUGCUGUACUUCUUGACGAGGAAUUGCGUAGAAGGGGCACUACAGUAGUUCCAGCUGGGGAAGCAUUUGGAAAAUGGAAAGGUUUGAAAGAAGUAGAGAAAGAUCAUGAAAUAGUUUGGCCCCCGAUGGUCAUUGUUCAGAAUACUAAGCUUGAGCAAGAUGAUAAUGAGAAGUGGUUAGGCAUGGGCAACCAAGAGCUUCUUGAUUAUUUUAGCUCUUAUGCUGCUAUGAGAGCAAGACACUCAUAUGGCCCUCAAGGUCAUCGAGGGAUGAGUGUUUUGCUGUUUGAAGCCUCAGCUAGUGGCUAUCUAGAGGCAGAACGUUUGCACAAACAUUUUGCUGAGCAAGGAACGGAUAAGGAGACUUGGUUUAGUAAUCGCCGGAUUUUGUUUCUCCCUGGUGGUAAUCGACAGCUCUAUGGAUACCUGGCUACUACAGAAGACCUGGAGUUUUUCAACAGGCAUUGCCAAGGUAAGACUAGACUAAAGUAUGAACUGAAAUCAUAUAUAGAGAUGGUUGUAAACCCAAUCCGUCAGAUGAGUGAGGACAACCAGCAGCUCAACUAUUUCAAGAACAAGGUGGUCAAAGAAAAAAAACACUCGAAAGCUAUGGAAGAAUCCUUUGGUUUAGUAACUGAGAAGCUGCGGAAAACAAUGGAAGAAAACCGCAUUGUGAGGCGGAGAACUAAACUGCAGCAUGAGGAGAUUAAAGAAGAGAUGUACGCACAAGAACAAUUCUUCAAGGAACAGAUUACUAGCAUCCACGAUUCAAGGAAUGAAAAAGAAGAAAACUUUGAAAGGAUGCAGCAAGAGGAACGUGAGAAGGUUAAGCAGUCAAGUACCAGUCCUCUCAAUGCAGAGGAACGUCGACUCAAGGUGGACGGAUAUGUUAAGUUUGUUGAAGUACAGGAGAAGGAGAUGGAAAACUUUGUUGAAGAAAAGGAAAAGCUCUUCCAAGCACACGAGGAGAGCAUUGCUGCUAUGAAAAGGAGACACUGGGAGGAGGAGGUGGAGAUGGAGAAGAAAUUUGAUGAAGACUUAACCAAACUCAUGCAGAAGUACUCCCCAUCUCAGCAGUAG